CUGACUGUGGAACGCAUAUAAUCCACAAAUCUGCACAACAACACGCAGUGGAGACAGUGAAGAUCAUCAGUCAGAACUGUUUGAGGCUUUACAUUGUUUUUUCACUGCACCAUGAAUGGAAGUAAAAGGGUCAACAGGAGGUUUUCUCUGGACAGUGCUGGAUAUCACCUGGACUUCAGUGGAAUCUCAGCAAAGUCCAAGAGCAACAUGUCGAGCAGAUCUUCAGAAGGAAGAAAGACUCCAGAGCAGACACAUGUAGACUUUCUGGAGCACAAGAGCGGAAGAUCCAUGUCUAUAGAGGAGGGGAGAUUCGAUCGGCUGGAUGGAUUAAUCGUUCCUAAUAGUUUCAAGAACCACAAUAAAACCUUCCACAAAUACUUUCCUGACAUUCCACAGACAGAAGAUCUGGAACAUGCGUUCACGUGCGCUCUGCAGAAGGAGGUGAUUUACCACGGUAAGAUGUUCGUGUCCAAUCAGCACAUCUGUUUCCACUCGUCUGUGCUGCUCAAGGAAACCAAGGUUGUGAUUGAGAUGUCCAGCAUUCAGACUAUAAAGAAGAAAAACAUGGCUAAGUUUGUGCCCAAUGCCAUCGCUGUCAUCACCACAGACGGACACAAGUACCUGUUUGUGUCGAUGCGGAAUCGAGAAGUUUGUUUCAGACUCGUGCAGUCACUCUGCCCUCGUCUGCAGACUGAGAAUAUCAGCAGUAACCUGAAGAUAUCUUCAACAGAAAACCAUCAUCACAAUAUGGACAUUGACAUGAUGUCCAGUCAGUCGAGUUUAGAGGAGAUAACUGAUCAUCUGAGGAUUUCUCCUGCAGAAGAUUCAACGAGUCUGAACGAACACACUCUCACCACACAAUCGGUCCACUCACAAACGAGAAGCACCACAACACCUCACGACAACACCAGCAGAAAAAACAGCACAGCAGAGGAACACAACACAGCGGUUUCGUGGGUAACCAAGGUAGCAGAGAAUAUCAGAUCUGUUCUUUCCACCAAUGACACGUGGCGAAUCAACAAACUCCUCGUCUUCUAUCUGAUACUAGUGUCUCUUCUCUUGUUGUCAUCUGGUUACAUUGGCAUGCGGAUUGUGGCAUUGGAAGAACAGCUGAGCAUGCUGGGAACACUGCCGGAGUACACACUACACAACGAGUGAGUGCACACACACUCACGCAUUCACCAAUACUGGAUUCUGAUUGGUCAAUGACGCCAUCUAGCGGUCUGAUGUUUCUGAUACCAAACUGCACAUCCUGUGAUGAAGUCAUAUCAGACCGUUCACCAAAUCAUCUUUCCUACUUCUCGUUCACUCUCUAAGAGUAAGCUAAUAAAAUUAUUUCAACUCAAAUCAAUGUUUAUUGUCCAUUUAUUUAAUUAUUUUGUAGGUAGCCGUGUAAUAAGCUGGAUAAUGAGCAGUCAGAUAACUCGUCAUUAUUGCAAAAUAAUUGUAAUAAAAUUUUAACCCAUGACCUGCACUGCACAUAAAUAAGUAAUAUUGUCAUUAUAUUCAUGAUGUUAUUCAGAGGGGAACUGGCCCCCACAGUGAGUCUGGUUUCUCUCAAGGUUAUUUUUCUCCAUUAAUCAACAUCUUAUGGAGUUUUGUGUUCCUUACCACAGUCACCUUCAGCUUGCUCACUGGGGUUACAAAUACAAUUAUUAUUUAAUUAUUUAUAUUUAUACACAAUUUACAAUCAUAUUUAAUCAAACUACACAAUGAUGACUCUAAGACUUUAUAGAUAUUACACUUUCAUUUUCUGUUAAUGCAUGAAUUUCUGUAAAGUUGCUUUGAAAUGAUGUGUGUUGUGAAAAGCGCUAUACAAAUAAAAAUGACGACUUAUUUUUGAAAGUCAUAUAUCUGUAUAAUCACAUACAUUAAAGUCUUGGCUAUAAAGCUUAACAUUCAACAUGUCCACUCUUAUUGGCCAGGAAAUAGUUCAAGUUUAUUGAACACACAUUGAUCUUCUGCCCUCACUCUAUGGGGGUAAGUUGUCACAAUGAAACAUAAGUUUCAUGUGAGAAUUCAUGUGAACGUCCCCUUUGUGUCGAAAAGUUAUUCUAAUGAGACAUUCUUUGAUAAUGACAUUUUUGUGCAAAAAUAAUGAAAAUACUGUAGAUCUGCAAGUAAAUGGAUUAACAACAUUUCCAGAACAUCAGUUCAAUUAAGAGAGAAUCGUCCACAUUAACAGCAUCAUAAACUUUUGACCUGGUAAUCUCUAAAUUGUGAUUUAUUCAACCGUCACACAUACUUAAACGACACGCCACAACGUCUGCAGCUGUUUUUCUCUUUCUAAAUGUGUGAAACACUUCAAACCUGCAUCAUCAGCUCUGUCAGCAUCAUCCCAUGGAAUAUGCAGAGAUGAAUAUGAGUGAUAAUACAGUAUAUACUGUAGGCUAAUAAAUUAUACACCCCCUUAUAUAAGAAACAAGAUACGAGACAGUUACAUGAUUUAAUGACUUGUAAUGAUUCAUUUUAUAGUGAGACUAACACUGUUUCUGUAAUCACUCACAGCAAAUGGAUUUACAGUUUUUUCUGAAUGUUUAAACACUAAUCUCUGAAACCAUUAACACAUUUAUCAAGUGUGCUGAACUGAAUGCACGUUCACUGCUUUACACUCAGUUUGUAAUAUAAUAACACACUUCUAGCAAACCUGUAAACCUUGUUCUCUGCAUUACUGCACUGUUUCACCAGCUGCAUUUCCACAUUGACACAUGUGACACUUUAAUGAGUUCACUUACAAAUCAGAGCUUGAUGUCUAUGAAUAGGUCACAGUCUGAUGGUCAGACCCACAAAGAAGGCGAGAUGUCAUUUUUUUCUGGGGUUUUUCUUGCACAAAUGUUUUUGUUUUCUUCUACUGUGCUUUUGUUGUUUGAGGAGUGUUAGAACAUUGAGAAACAAAUACAGUAAAUAACUUUUACCUCUUAUUUGUAUUGAUAGUGUGUUAUGUUCUGAAUACACAUCCAUACUUUACACGUGUGGAUGCCCGUGUGUUUGUGUGUUUGCUACAUGUAUGACACAACGUUAUUGCAAACUGUUAUGCCCUGCACAGAGAAAAAGCAAAAGUCACAAGUGUUUUUCAUGUAUUCUGUCAGUGCGUACAUGGCGCUUCAUGUGCUUAUUCAAAUGAUGGUUUGUAUGAACUGUAUUGACACAAAAACACUUCUUAAAAGAGUUCGAAGAGUUUUUUUGUAAGAGAUGUAUAAUGUUUUGCUGCUUUGGUGAAAGGUUUUGUGCUUAGUGUGUAGAGUUUUGCAAAAAUAGCCUAUACUUUAAAGUUCCUAAGCAAUCAGAAAAAACUGUAACAAAAAACAUAAUAAAGAUUGUGUAGAAAUCACCAGCUGAACUGAUGACAUA